GGAUCCAAGUUUCUGCGGCAGCCCCUGGAGGAGCUGCUUCGAGAGCAGACGAUCGCCCCGAGCUGCAUCAUCUGUGGCGCGUGCUACCCGUGGACUCCGGAGGUUGCUCGCGAGCUCGGCAUUCCAUGCUUCAUCUUCCAAGGCUUUGGCUCCUUCGCACUUCUUUGCAUGCACAACCUCUACUGUUACAGGACCCAUGAGCGCGCGUCGUCCCCGACCGAGCCCUUCGUGCUCCCAGGCUUGCCAUUUCAUUUCGAGAUCGCCAGGCAGCAACUACCACUUCAAUUCCAGUUGCUGCCUCGUUUCACGGAGAUGUUCAAUGAAGUACGAGAGGGCGAAUUAGCCAUGGACGGUGUCCUCGUCAACAGUGUCGACGAAUUGGAGCCAGGAUAUGCCGAGCGCUUAGCGGCGGCCUCCGGGAAGAAGGUGUGCACCAUCGGACCGGUGUCGCUGUGUUAUAGAUCAGGGAGGUUGGACAUGGCUAAUAGGGGUAAGAAGCUGUCAGUGGAUGCAAGCCAAUGCUUAGAUUGGCUUGAUUCGAUGAAGCCACGGUCCGUGAUCUACGUCAGUUUCGGUAGCGUCGGCAGCUUCGCACCCGCACAACUGAUGGAGCUCGGCUACGGUCUGCUCGCCUCAAACAGGCCAUUCAUCUGGGUCAUCAAUGGCCUGGAAAGGUUUCCGGGCGCAGUAGACCAAUGGCUGCAAGAGAAGCUCGAGAAAGAAGGUGACUCAAAGUGUCUCUUGAUCAGGGGGUGGGCGCCGCAGGUGAUGAUCCUGUCGCACCCGGCGGUGGGUGGUUUCUUGACGCACUGCGGGUGGAACUCGACGCUGGAGAGCGCGAGUGCGGGCGUACCGAUGGCGACAUGGCCGCUCUUCUCGGAGCAAUUCCUCAACGAGAAGUUGAUCGUGGAUGUGCUCGGGAUCGGAGUCGCGGUGGGCGUCAAGACCUCCAUGCAGCAGAUGAGGCAAUCGCCGGAAGAGGGAGCGCGGAUCUCGAGGGAGGAAGUCGCUAAGGCCGUGGAGAGGUUGAUGGACGGAGGGCAGGAGGGAGAAGAGAGGAGAAGGAGAGCUGAAGAAUUUGGAGAGAAGGCACGGAAAGCGAUGAUGGAGGGAGGUUCUUCGUAUGAGAACGUGACACGAUUGAUUGAAUUGGUGGCAACAAAAGCGAAGAAAUAGGAGAUGAAUGGAUGACUUGUUUUCCUCCAGUAAAAAUGUAGCACACGCCAUGCGUCAGAAAUUGUUUGGCGAAAUAAAUGAUAUCAUCACUUGGCUUCUUCUUGUUAGGUGAAAUUGGACGAAUACCUUUACAUCUUCAUAGUUCCCUGACAAUGAUUAAUCUGUCAAGUACACAUGAAUCAAUAGAUCAUCUUUUUGAUCUUUUA